UAUCAAAAACACAAUGUAUCCUAAUAAUUUAAUGGUAAUUAUUUUAUAUUUAUUAUUAUUAAUUUUUUCAUCAACAUUAUUGCAUCAAAACGAUUGGAAACCGAUUUAAAUAAUACUAAUUCAAUUGACAUAACGAGAGCAAAAUAUAUAAAAUGUACUUAUUUAUCUAGUGCAUUAACUCAUAUGAAUAUUUCGCAAAUACUUUUAGAUAAACCACAUUAUACAUUAUCUACUGCAAUCACAAGCAUUUCUAAGUAUAACGAUGUUGUUAGAAGACAAAUUAGUACAUUGUACGGAAAAGAUACUAUUGAAAUUGGAGCAUUAUGGUUAGUAAAUAUUUAUACUAGUAUUAUAAGUUUCUUAACUGGUGAUUCUGAUAAAUUUAAAGAAAUUUCGAAAAAUAAUCUUAUCUUAUUCAAUAGUAUUAAAGAUACCCAUGCCUAUAUAAUACUAAAAUUGAUUCAAGAGCAAGAUAUUGAAAAUUGUUAUGUUUAUAACGCAUAUUGUACGACAGAUAAAAAUCUCGACGAAUGCAAUGAUAUAGACACUGUAGAGCCAUAUAUUUUAAUUCAAAACAAUAAUAAAAAAAUUGAUCAAAUAAUUGAAAGAUAUUUUGGUCAUACACCGUUUAAUAUUAAUGAAACAGUAAAGUUCACAAAAAACAGCAUAUAUUUGAGAAAUAUUAUCAGAUGGAACUGUAUAAAAAGAGUUACAUAUUUUUAUCUUGAACAAGUCGAAUGGCCAAAUAUGGUAGCAAAAUUUAAUGAACUUUAUAACUCUGCUCAUACUCUUAAUUGGUCAGCAGAUAACUUACAAUUCAUUAAGUUCUAUCUUGAAUCAGUUUUUGAAUUUCUUAAAAUUAUUAUGUUACGACUAACUUGGAAACAUUUUUUGUACGUCCAAUUUCAAAAAAGUUGUUUUAUUGAAUUUUUUAUAACACAAUGGAUUUUAUUAAUUAAUGAGUUUUCAACUACACUUUGCCUUAAAGAUGAUGUUAUUUUAGAGUUGCAUGACCUAAUGAAUCAUUAUGCGAACAACAUCCCAAAGCACAAUGAUGGUUCUAUAGACGAAGAACAACUUCCUAGCUACAAAGAAUAUCAUACAAAUAAACUGAUAUCAUUCUUAACAGCAAAAUUAAAUAAAGCAUGUAAAUAUUUUGGUUGUGUUGCAACUAAGCCAAUGUUUUUAAUCAGGAAAGAGCUUCCUGGCGUAUUGGCCAGACCGUAG